AAACUCAGCAUGACCCCUCCUUCCUUCCUCCCUUUGAGCCGAGCAGCGUGUGUUCCUCCGGGGUGACGGAGACAGCUAGUCCUGCCCUGGUGAAGAGGGAGCGGCGAGCGGAGGAUACACGCACCGCCUCCGGCCGCCGCAGCUUCGGAGCGACACGGGUCGGGGAUGGCGUCGCUUGGCGUGGGGCUGCAUCUCGUCCGCAAGCGGGGAGCGGGCAGGAGCACCGCGGUGGAGAGGAGGAACCUGCUCACGGUGUGCAGGUUUUCAGUGAAGACUCUGCUGGACCGCUCCUGUUUCGAGACAAUAGAUGACUCAUCUCCAGAGUUUGUUAAUUUUGUUUCCAUCCUGGAGCACAUCCUCAGCCAUCAACUCAAAGGUAAAAAACGUCAGACAACUUGGUUUGGUUAUGAGAGUCCUCGGAGUUUCUGGGAUUACAUAAAAGCUGCCUGCAGUAAAGUCCCUCAUAACUGCAUCCGAAGCAUCGAGAGCAUGGAGAAUGUUCGAUCGUCGAGAGCUAAAGGCAGGGCUUGGAUCAGAGUGGUCCUGAUGGAGAAAAGAUUAUCAGAAUACAUCUCAUCUGCACUGAGGGAUUUCAAAACGACCAGGAGGUUUUACGAGGAUGGAGCGAUCAUGCUGGGAGAGGAGGCGGGGCUGUUGGCAGACACACUCAUCGGACUCAACACCAUCGACUUCAGCUUCUGCCUGAAAGGAGAGGGCGUGGACGGCAGCUGCCCCGCCGUGAUCGACUACACGCCUUACCUGAAGUUCACACAGAGUGCGGACAGUAUCAGCAGUGACGAGGAGGAGAUGAGGACGAUGGGGAGCAGCGGCAGUGAGAGCAGCACCCCCGACAAGAUGGCCACUGCUGCCUCUAUCUUCACAGAGCAGAGCAACUUGGUCAGCAAGUGCAAACGCUUUGAGCAGAAGUAUCGCAUGGCACUGGAGCAAAAGGUUUAUCUGGAAGAGCUGGUCCGUCUACGAGAAGCUCAGCUUUCAGAGACUGUGUCUCAUAACAAAGCUCUUCAGCAGAGCCUAGAAGACACACACCUCACCCACACACUGGAGAAAGAACAGCUUGAGUACAUUGUACUGGAGCUACAGGACCAACUGACAGUGCUGAAAAACAAUGAUUUGCGGUCCAGACAAGAGUUGACCGCCCAUCUGACCAAUCAGUGGCCAUCGCCAGUCGCCUUGGAUGCCAACGCCGUUGCCUUGGAAACGCUACUGUACAGGAAGAGCACAGGACAGUGGGAGGAGAAGAGUUUCCAGAGUCUGGAGCAGAUGUCUGCAGACAUGAGCCUCUCCCAGACUUCUCUUGAACCGUCACAAACACAGAGUCUAGAGGCCAAGCCGACCGGCACACACUGGCCCCACCGAGGUAAAGAGGAAACUCCGUCUCUGAGAGGUCUGUGUGGCUCCCUGACCUCAGUCUCCAGCUACAAGUCUCUGGCCAGCCUGAAGUCCAGCGAGUGUUUGGCCAGUCCUGCCACAGAGGUCAGCAGCCCAGGCGUCACUCCUUCGUAGGGGAAUGGAGAGCUAAUAAAAUUAUCUCCACCAGGGCCAGACAAUCUACAACCCAGGAACUGUCUAAAUGUAUGUUAUGUUGAUUUGCUCUUUGUAGAGGUUUAUGUUCUGUAUGCGGAGUGCAGAGCUUUAACAGAUUGUCGUCAGGGUGGCGAGGUGAGAAUCUGGUGUAGCACGUACUUUGAAUUGUGUUAAAACUGAAUGCCAUCAUGCUGAGCAAUGUCUUAUUAACAUACAAUUCAGUUGUAACAAUCUCUGACUCUUUAUUAAGGAUUUCCAGCUGUAAACUCAUCAGUGUGUGUUUAAAGUCUUUUUGUUUUGUUUGGUGUUUUUUUUAUGUGUGGAGCAUAAGUUUUUCCUAUCUUGGAAAUGAAUUAAAAUAGAAAGUUGUAAUAAUUACCGUGUCACUUUACAGUAUUGAGAAGAAUGUGAUGAGCAAGUGUUUUCACGUCUCUCGAAGGUUUUCUAGUUCAAGUCUAUAGCAUGCUGAAAAUACUGACUGUAGAUCAGAUCUAGAGUUUAGAAGAUAACACGCUCGGUCAGCGCGCCUCUUCGUGAUUCGUCACUGUGAAUCAUUUCCUGCAGUUGAAAGUUUUUUUUGUUAUCUUUGUCAUCUUCUGUGCCGUUACUGCUGCCACCAAAUUGUUUUUUAAUAUAGCAAUAUCUAUGAUUUAUGAUUGUCAUAACUGUUUUUCAUAAUGUCGUGUCAUAUUUUGUUUUUACAUGUAAAUGCUCUUGCACCUUUAAAUCAUUUUAUGUUGCAUAAAGCAGUAUCACAUGAUUUUGUUCUCAGGUAAUGAUCACUAUGAUUAAUAUUCACCCUUCAGUUCUUCUGGUUUACUUUACUUCCCUUUAAAUAUUUCAAUGCAGUAUUUUAAAUGGUUAAUUACCACAAAUGGAUCAUUCCUAAAACUGAACAAUAUAUUAUAAUUCAACACUUUAUUAUUGGUGAUUAGCUGUGUACCUCAACACUGAACUUGUGGUGACUUUGCCUUUGACUUAGCUCGUUCCAGCAGUCAUUUGCACAAACAUACAGCAGCUGUUUUAUUGGAUUUGUUUUGUCUUUAUAGCCAUCAUUUUGAAUAAACUCUUAUUCAAACAGUGAGAAUUUAACAGCUAUAUUUCUGUUUAUUGUUGACAAUGAGCAGAUGUGGUGAUAAAGCUUGUAUAAAGUCAAUGAAUGAAAAGAA